UUCCCAAGGUAUUUGUGGUAUAGCCACCCCAGAUCUCUCACUUCAACAUUCAACGUCACACACCGGGCCUCAACAUGACGCUUUUAAGUUGCGUCUGUAUCAUAGUGAUAGUGCAGGCGUGUGCUGGGUUCCGCUUCUACCAAGACAGGAUACCUAACGGUGACAGUGUGCCCCACCCAUGUAAAGCCAACUACAUAUGGAAAGGAGUCGGCCAUAUGAGAGCAAUGGGGGGAGGGAAGAGAAAUCUAUUCGGGAUCCACUUUGAACGUUAUAAACAGUGGACGGUAGAGCUGUGUAUGUUGGACUCGGACGGAGAUGGUUUGACCAAUGGCCAAGAGUUAGGUGAUCCAAAUUGCACGUGGACAGAAGGGUCAUUUCCAGCACAGACUAAAAAGCUAAGCCACCCUGGUAUUUGUGACCCCUGGGGAAGUGAGAAAUGUUCCACAGCAAACAGCAAGGUGGACUGUUCCACCGGUGAGUUCAUCUGUGACGGCAUUCACAGCCCUGACGUGUUCAAUAUCACUCUGAGAUUCCCGCCAACCAAAGUCCCAGCAGACGAAAGUAGCUUGCUAUGCAUGACGUUCGAGUUGGACAUGUUGGACCCGGAAAAGGAGUAUCAUCUUAUUGCAACCAAGCCCUUCAUCGAUAACGACAAUGUGAUGCAUCAUUCCAUAUUGAACGGAUGUGGACCCUUUGCCGCACCAUUAACUGCGCCCCGCAUUUGCAACAUGGCGGGCGCCGGCUGCCAGAUCUACCUGGCUAUCUGGUCGCUAGGCAUCACGGGACAUUGUGUAUACAAGGAUGCAGGCUUUAAGAUUGGAGGACCAAACGGAGUAAAGAGACUGACGAUGCAGCAUCACUGGCGCAACCCAGAGGGUCGAUCGGACUACGUGGAUUCAUCGGGUAUGACGCUGUACCUGACCGAGAAGUUGAGGAAGGAGGAUGCUAGUUAUGUCCAUACGGGUCAGAUCCAUCUGAACAUUCCCCCGGGGCAGCAGAGACAUGUGACCACGUCCACGUGUUCCUCGGCGUGCACGAGGAAGAUCAUCAAGACGCCGGUGUACCUGAUGACGGGCUGGAACCACCUGCACUAUGCUGGUUAUGCUGCUAGAGUGGAGCAUUUCCGGAAUGGAACGAAAAUCGGCGACCUCACUCCUGAUGACGUGUACAAUUACGACAAUCCUCAUAUACAUGAAUAUAAGACGCCUUACGAAAUCUUGCCCGGAGACGUACUUGAGACUACGUGUGUUCACAAGACAACAUCAAGGGCGUCUACAACCUUGUUUGGAGAAUUUGCCUACGACGAAAUGUGUAUUGGGGUAUUCACAUUCUACCCAGCUAAGAGCAUCACCCAUGACUCCUGUUACACGUGGAAAGACUUGGAGCUGUGUUAUGUAGAGAACGGAGCUAUACACGGUUGUGAAUACCAUAUGAUCUUCAAUGCCACACACCCAACCAGGAAGUCACUCCUGGCAAAGGUGCUCAACAGCUGCAACUUCUACGGCGACUGCCGCAGAGAAUGUCCCGCAGCUAUUGCAGAGGUCCGACAGCAUCCAUGUUUUAACGAACAGGUUGGGCCGUACAUGAUGGACCUCCUGAGGGGGCUGCACCCAGACCUGGACAUGGUCAAGUUCCUUGCUGCCAUGCAGUCAUGCGACUGUCCAAAGACUCCCACAUACCCUCCCGUCCAUCCCACCGGAAGUGCGGAACGACUGGGUCCAGGCAUCAGUUUCACAACUUUCCUGGCUGUCGCGCUUCUCGGAAAAUUAACCUGUUGAAGCUACAGCAACCGGAUUACUUGGUAAUCCGUUUUUCUUAAAAUGAAAGAAAAGAGCGUUAA